AUGGGUCGCCUCCCCGACGAACCCUCGGCGUCCUCGUCAGUCUCACUCCACACCAUCGAUAACGAUGACCUACCGCCCCCCUACACCGACGAGCCGGAAUUCUCAACCGCUCCCGCUCCGCAGCCCACAUUCCAACCCCUAAGACUCAGCGACUCAGCCUAUAACAUCCCCGGCGCGAAAAGCUUCACGGUAGCUGACGCUCGCAUCGUCUCCUAUGCGCCCUCGCUGUCACAGAACAGCGAUGAGCUCUUCCGCGUUAUCCGCAGGCAGAUGAAGCUACCCUUGCGCCCGCUGCUUGGAAUCCAGGGAACACAUACUGAGUCGGGUAAUGAUGGCAAGAAGAAGACUACCAAUAACGUGACGGACUUCCGCUUCCAUCUUGAUCUUGCGGAGACUAUGUUGCGGGGUUGGGAGGGACCACUCGAUGUGAACUGGAUGCAGACUGAGGUUGUUCAGGAUGGGGAUGAGCAGAAGACGUUCCGGGGUGGAAUUGUUCAAUCACGUCAGUAUAAGCCUCGCAAAUCACAUGCUAAGAGUGUUUCGCUCGACGAUAGCGAUGCCGCGUUGCUGGAGUCGGAAGCAGAUGUCAUGGACGGCGUCGAGGAGGGCGGUGCGGUUCUUUCGGAACAAGAGGAACAUCUCAAGAUGUGGUGUGAGAGGUUCUGCAGUGACCCUGCACCCGUCAAAUCAUUCACUAUGACCCGAGAACUACAAGGCUUCGACUACAAGCCAAUGCGCAAUGUUCUUGCCUCGCACAUCCGCGAACUAAACUACCGCGGGUCGACAAACUUCUGGUUUAAAAAGGGAUACAGUUCCGUCACAAUCUACUCACCACAUUGGAUCAACCAGCUACGGACUAACAGUUUUGUCUGGUGGAUCUGCGUUAUCCUCCAGCUCUGGAUUAUCACCUGGCCUAUCAUCAAGCUGAUGGAGAAACGAUACGAGGUCGCCCGGUCUCAGUGGAACGCCUCGCUUGACCCUGGCCCUGAGACGGGUUUGCUCAAGUGCUACGCCCAGAAUCGUGACGAGACACAGCUUGGUGAAUUCUGGGCUACGGCCGUCAAACAAGCUGCGUGGACUCGACGACAGGGAGAAGGUGCUUUGCUGACCAGGAACGAUGCUGAUCGAUUGCGAGGCAUGAGUAAUGAGCAGAUUUUGCGUAUCCAGAGCUGUGAAUCGGAGGCUGAGCGACAGCGCCGCGAACGCGUCCACAGUGGCCAAGGCGGACUCAUGGAUAGUGUGGUCGGCCUGGUCAGAGGCGUCUCGGAGGCCUCGCAGGAUUACAGACUGACGAUGGGAUGGGGUGCUAACACCUAG